AUGGGAUACGGUGAAAAAGGAAGACCAUUCAAAAAGCCAAAAGCCGCAUCUAAAUUCGAAGAUUCGAGAAAAGGAUUCGCUGAGGAUGACGAAGAGGAUGAUGCAUACGACGAUGACGAAGGAAAAACAAAGGAUUUUAGCAAAUUAGAGUUGAAACUGGAUCACACGAAUCGUCCUCUUUGGGCUUGUGACAAUGGCCGGAUAUUCCUUGAAACUUUCUCGCCUUUGUACAAGCAAGCUUAUGAUUUUCUCAUUGCCAUCGCGGAGCCGGUUUGCAGGCCGGAGUCUAUGCAUGAGUAUAAUCUUACUCCGCAUUCGCUGUAUGCUGCGGUUUCGGUUGGUUUGGAAACUGAAACGAUUAUAUCGGUUUUGAACAAGUUGUCCAAGACCAAGCUUCCUAAAGAGAUGAUUAAGUUUAUUCAUGAUUCUACUGCAAAUUAUGGGAAAGUGAAACUUGUUCUUAAGAAGAAUCGGUACUUUGUGGAAUCUCCGUUUCCAGAGGUGUUGAAGACACUGCUUAGGGAUGAUGCUAUAGCUCGAGCAAGGAUCAUUUCUGAGGGUUCAUAUGGAGAUAGAUUUACAAUCAGCAAAGCAGCAGGUGAAAUUGAAGGCACUCAUGACGAGUUGCUAAAUGAAGCAGAAGUAGCAGCUGCUGCAGAAGAGAAAGAAACUCAUGCAUUCGAAGUUGAUCCUGCUCAGGUUGAAAAUGUUAAGCAACGUUGCUUGCCGAAUGCCUUAAAUUAUCCUAUGUUGGAGGAGUAUGACUUCCGAAAUGAUACAGUGAACCCAGACCUUGACAUGGAACUAAAGCCUCAAGCACAACCUCGGCCAUAUCAAGAGAAGAGCCUUAGUAAAAUGUUUGGAAAUGGUAGAGCAAGAUCUGGUAUCAUAGUUUUACCCUGCGGUGCUGGAAAGUCCCUAGUUGGUGUUUCAGCAGCUUGCCGGGUAAAAAAGAGCUGUCUUUGUUUGGCAACAAAUGCUGUCUCUGUGGAUCAGUGGGCUUUUCAGUUUAAACUAUGGUCAACUAUUCGAGAAGAACAAAUAUGUCGUUUCACAUCUGAUAGCAAAGAGAGAUUCCGCGGUAACGCUGGAGUUGUUGUGACAACAUAUAAUAUGGUUGCUUUUGGGGGUAAACGGUCUGAAGAAUCUGAAAAGAUCAUUGAAGAAAUAAGAAACCGAGAAUGGGGAUUGCUGCUCAUGGACGAGGUACAUGUGGUUCCUGCCCAUAUGUUUCGAAAAGUCAUCAGUAUCACUAAAUCUCACUGCAAACUUGGGCUCACAGCCACACUUGUGAGAGAGGACGAGCGAAUUACAGAUCUGAACUUCCUAAUUGGUCCCAAAUUGUACGAGGCAAAUUGGUUAGAUCUUGUAAAAGGUGGAUUUAUCGCAAAUGUACAGUGUGCUGAAGUAUGGUGUCCAAUGACAAAAGAGUUUUUUACCGAGUAUCUAAAGAAAGAGAAUUCCAAGAAGAGACAGGCCCUUUAUGUGAUGAAUCCAAAUAAAUUCAGAGCAUGUGAGUUUCUCAUAAAUUACCAUGAAAGGGCACGUGGUGAUAAAAUUAUAGUCUUUGCUGAUAAUCUUUUUGCUCUUACCGAGUAUGCCAUGAAACUCCGCAAACCAAUGAUAUAUGGUGCUACAAGCCAUGUUGAGCGGACAAAAAUUCUACAUGCAUUCAAAACUAGCAAAGACGUAAAUACUGUUUUUCUUUCCAAGGUUGGUGACAACUCAAUCGAUAUUCCUGAAGCAAAUGUUAUAAUUCAGAUCUCUUCACAUGCUGGUUCAAGGCGUCAAGAAGCUCAACGUCUUGGUCGUAUUCUUAGGGCAAAGGGGAAGCUUCAGGAUAGGAUGGCAGGUGGCAAAGAGGAGUAUAAUGCAUUUUUUUAUUCCCUUGUGUCGACUGAUACCCAGGAGAUGUAUUACUCAACUAAGAGGCAGCAAUUUUUAAUUGAUCAGGGUUACAGCUUUAAGGUAAUUACAAGCUUGCCUCCAUCUGAUGAAGGAUCUCGCUUGAACUAUCAUCAUCUCGAAGAUCAAUUGGCACUUCUUGGAAAGGUACUGAAUGCUGGUGAUGAUGCAGUUGGGUUAGAGCAACUAGAAGAAGAUUCCGAUGAACUAGCUCUUAAGAGUGCCCGCCGUUCUCAGGGAUCAAUGAGUGCAAUGUCAGGUGCCAAAGGGAUGGUUUAUAUGGAGUACAGUAAUGGACGUAAAGGCCAAAUGAUCAAGAGCAAGCCGAAAGAUCCAGCAAAGAGACACCACUUAUUUAAAAGACGAUAUGGCCCAACCUAA